CACAACAGGGCAGACACCGGCGGGCGAGAUACAGGUUUAAUUAAACUUAGCUGCCCCUGCUAAGGAUGAAGCUGGAGACGGGCCCGGCCAUAGUCCUAGUUCUGGCUGUGGCAUCCUGGACACAGGAGUUUUUCCCUAAGGAGGCCCAGACUCUCAACUGGGGCAAGUUUUCAGGCUUCUGGUACAUUAUUGCCAUCGCCACAGACACCCAGGGGUUCUUGCCGGCUAGAGACAAGAGGAAGCUGGGGGCGGCUAUGGUGAAGAUGCACAAAGCAGGCCAGCUCAAGGUGGUCAUCGCCUUCAGCCGGCCUCAGGGAUGCCGGUCCAUGGAGGUGACCCUGAAGAAGGACAGAAAGAAACCUGUGUUCAGGAAUACCUUGAAGGGGAUAAAGGGUUUCCAUGUGCUGUCCACUGACUACACGUACGGCCUGGUCUACCUCCGCUUGGGGCGUGGAGUCAACAACUACAAGAGCCUGCUGCUCUUCAACAGACAGAACAUCUCUAGCUUCCUGAGUCUGCGAGAAUUCCUGGACAAGUGUCACACUCUGCAGCUCACCACGCAGGCCACCAUCCUUCCGAAAGACGAUUCCUGUGCACACACCAUCCUGCCCUGACAGCCAGCCACCCUCUGCUCAUCCCUUUGGCUUGAGAGCCUUCCUGACCCUGGGAAUGCUGUUCCAGAUGGUGGCUGUGACAUUCAGAGGUAUCCCGUGACGGCAGGCCAGUGACUGACUGACUACACAGAGCCCGGGCUGUGAUGGCUGCUUGCAUCCCCCCAAUACCAGCAACCUUCCACUGGCUGUGCUCACGGCUUUCUCUUUGGUCCACCUGCCCUGGCAGUGUCCUGGGCUCCAUUGGAGGCCAAGUCUGGCACUUUUCAUCUCUUUACCCUGGGGAGGUCAAGCACAGACCACAGGCUCAUCACACUCCCAUUUUUUUCCUUUCUUUUAAAAUGGGUUUCUUUAUUUUGGGGGCUAGAGAGAUGGCUCAAUAGUUAACAGUACAUGUUGCAGAGAACUCAAGUUUAGUCCCCAGCAUCCAUAUUGAGAGGCUCACAAAUGCCUGUAGCUCCAGCUCCAGGGGAUC